AUGCGUUAUUGUGUUAUAAACGAAUCCAUGACUAUAAAUGGCAUACCUUUGACAGUUCAUUUAUGCAUACCACAUGACUUUUGACUCACAUGGUAACACAAACGUAUAGGUAAAAAAAAGUAAUAGAUGGCGCACCCAGCACAUAUAAAGGGCACUAUAAAAGUUUUGCAAUGUUACUGCAUGUUGAGACAUGUCCAUGAGUACGUAGUAGUCGCCAGCAGUACGUGUUUGAAUCAGUUGUUCAUUCCUACUGACACUGUGAAGUGCGGGCUCUGGCAUAGUGGCCACGUAACAAAUGUUUAGAAGAAAUGACGCUUGCAUUAAAGAAUGAUUGUCCUCAUCGUACGACUAUAUUUAGGUGAUACAGAGAAUUCCAAAGGGGCAAUUUCACUCUGGAGGACGCUGAGAGGGA